AUGCAGGAGCCUUCCCCUAUCGAUGUUACGUCGCAGUCUGUCAGCGAAAAGACUGCACACCACGAAGUCAGCUCUACUGGAGAUUCUACGCCGCCGCAUGAGGACAAUGAUUCGUUUGCGCAAGGCCACCAGAACACCACGCCACUACAACUUCCUCCUGACACCCAAGUCGUGGCUACGCCGGUCCCUCCUAAUGGGGGAACACUGGCGUGGUUGCAGGUCGCAGCCUCUUUUUGUAUUUUCUUAAACACAUGGGGCAUUGUCAACAUGUACGGUGUGUUCCAAACAUACUAUACCUAUGACAUUGCGGAAACGUCAACCGAUUCAGCCAUAUCGUGGAUAGGCUCCAUGCAAAUGUUUCUGCUCUGUUUUUUAAGCACGAUUGUUGGGCCAAUUUACGACGCUGGCCACCUCCAUUUGCUGUUGUACUUAGGUACCUUCCUGAGCCUCCUGGGGGUUUUCAUGACAAGUCUUUGCAAGAACUACUGGCAGCUUUUCUUGGCCCAAGGUGUUGUCACUGGGUCUGGUUUCGGAUGCCUAUUCCUUCCUGCGGUUGCCGUCGUAUCCCAGUAUUUUAGCACCAAAAAAGCAUUUGCAACCGGUAUCGCAUCUCUCGGUAGCAGUAUCGGCGGAGUGGUUUAUCCUAUUGUCUGGACACAAGUCCAAUACAAGGUUGGAUUCGCCUGGGCUACCCGAGUUAUCGGUUUCAUAAUGCUAGCCACCCUCAUACUUCCUCUCGUGGUCAUGCGCCCGCUCCAAUACCCCAAGAGCCGCAGGUCUCUCUUGGACCUCGAGUCUCUGAAAGACGUACCCUAUACCUUCUUCGGGCUCGGGAUAUUCUUUGGAUACAUGGGCAUCUAUGUCGUCUUCUUCUAUGUCCAGCUAUACGCAAUGGACAGGGCCGGCAUGAGCCCUUACCUAGCAUUUUACCUACCAGCGCUCAUAAACGCCGGGUCAUCCCUAGGUCGAAUAUUGCCUAAUUUUGCGGCUGACUACGUCGGGACCUUGAACAUGCAGAUGGUAAUGGCGUUCGCCUCUGCUGUCUUGAGUCUCGCACUUAUAGCCAUCAGGAACGUUCCAGGUAUUCUUGGGUUCUGCGUUCUGUAUGGCUUUUUCACAGGGACUUUUGUCAGUCUGCCAUCACCAACCGUUGCGAGUCUGUCGCCGAAUCUGGCUGCACUGGGGAGCCGUUUGAGCAUGGCUUUCAUCACUGCGGCGCUUGGAUCGCUGGUUGGGAGCCCUAUUGCAGGGGCUAUCUUGGCGACUGAUGGGGGGAAUAACUGGAACAUGCUGCAAGUCUGGUCAGGCAUACUACUCGUUCUCUCAGGCUCGUCUAUGCUUGUCGCUAGAACAGCUAAAGUGGGGCUUAAAAUCAAUGCAAAAGCCUAA